AUGGCCCCUCCCUCGGCAUUUGACCUGUUCUGCGCAAAUAAUCAGACUUCGAUACUGAUUGGAGCUUUUGCGACUCAAGUUGCUCACCAUCAAUACAUCAAGAAGGCUGCGCCGGCGAUUGCCUCAAUCAAUACAUCAUUCCACAUUACCCGACCGCUCAAAGCAGGUUUGGGUUGGGGGGUUGUCUUCAUCGGCUUGUUGACACAGAUCACAAUCGCAAAGCAAGCCGUGAGAAACCACGCCGAUCCUGUGCUGGCGCAUGCACAGCAGAGGAAACCUUGGAAACGAAACAUCGAGGACAGACUUUAA